UUCAGCGCCCGGGCGGAGCGGGACCUGCCCGGGGCGUUAUUGCUGCCCCGGCCGCUCGGGCAGCACCGCGUCCCCCCGCCCGCAGCCGGGCUGGCCCCGUGUGCAGGCAGGACGGGACAGAACGGCCGUUCGGUCUCUGCUGGUAUUGCUUAGUGUUAUGGGUGAUACAGAAGAAGCUAAAAUGCAGAUAGCACCAGAAACUCCAGGACGAGUCACAAUCCUGAAUCCUUUUGAAAGUCCCACUGAUUACUAUACUCUUCAGGAGCAGAUUGUUUCCAGUCCUUCUGUCUUUAAGUCGACGAAAUCCUCAUCUACACCAGGAAAAUUCAGAUGGUCUAUUGAUCAGCUUGCUCUAAUAAAUCCCGUGGAAAUAGACUCGGAAGACAUUCGACGCCAAGGAAUGUAUUUGAGCCAUGCUAGAAUUGAUAAGGAGACAGAAGAAAGAAGGCAAAAAGCUAUCGAGGAGUUUUUCACAAAAAAACUCAUAGUUCCUUCUCCUUGGACUGAACAUGAAAGCAAGGAAGUUUCUCAAUUUAAUUCAACUAAAUCCAUAGAUAUAAAUAACAUUUCUCCGAUUGGAAGACAGCUGAGCUUGCAGCCUGGGAAAAGCAAUGCUGCUUGUCAGACAGUACUGACUUUGCCAGUGGAUUUUAAUUUAGAGAAAAUACUUGGUGAAUAUUUUAGAACUGAUGAAUUUGCAGAUCAGUCUCAGGAAAAUCUAAGCUCUUCAUCACUCAGAAGAAAGCUGUUUUUAGAAGAAAAUGGGAACGUAUCUGCAUGUUUAUCCCCUUCUCUGCAUAGUCCACAUGGUAGUCAGCCACUUGGAGUGCUUUGUUCAAUAGAAUUAUCUCCAGUCCGGUGCAGAAGCCCCCUGGACACAUCUAGUUCAGCUCAGUUUUCAUCAAGUCCUAUUCAGGGAGGAACAAGAGCUUAUAGUCUGGGAAGUAUAACCAGUCCGCCGUUUUCAGAGGGGUCUCCUGCACAUAAUGGUUCUCCUGCUUUUUCACCAAUUGCUUUUCACAUAAGAAAAACCCCACUCUCAGACCAAAGAAAAUUUACAUUUCGUUCUCCAGAUAUUUCUUCUUCCUCCAAUAGAAUGACACCCCCAACAAGUACAAGAAGUCCUUACAUAGAUGGUUGUUCUCCAAUUAAAAAUUGCUCUCCUAUGAGGCUUGGAACCUGUAGAGGAACUGCCCAAUAUCAGACUUCUGUCAUUAGAAUACCAAUUGCAGUUGAGAAUCGUGAUGAAGAUGAGGAAGACAAGGAAAGCACUUCUUCAGCAGAAGCUGGGUUCCCAGAAAUGGAUAAUGGAAUAAACUUACAUCAGGAAGGCAAUGAUACUUUUGCACGUGGUACACAUCUUGUGGUGGCAACUGUGUCUAUUGCACCAGAUCACUCAGAAGGCUGUCAUCAAAGGUUGUCAUCAUUUCAGGAUAUAGAAGGCUUAAAGGAAAGUAAUACUGUAGACAUGGCUGAUGCUGCUGAAGUGUCAGAGGGAAACACUUGGAUAAAAGAAACAAUUGGCAGUAGCAAUACACCAAUGACCAGCUUUAUGACAGGCAUUACUUUCAGUAUUGAAAGCUCUCGCAUGUGCAUGUCACCUCUUGCAGAAAGCAGUGCGAUUCCUUGUGACAACAGUAGUAUUCAGGUGGACAGUGGUUACAAUACACAGACUUGUGGAAACAGCAUUAUGGAUACUGCAGAGGCUGAAAACAGUUGCAAAGAAAACGAUGUGAAUACUGUUAUGUUUCAGAAUAAAUCUCAGCUGCUCAGAACAAAGGAGUGUUCUGUUUUAAGCCAUAAGGACAAUCAAUUGCUGAGAACAAAAUCUCCAGAGAAGCAAUCCUGUUUUCAGAAAGCCAAAACACAUAGCACAGUAUUUGGUCAAAAUGCAACUUGCAACAUUUCUGCUUGGAAACAUAAAAAUGAAAAUCAAGUUCAGGGAUUUCACAAAACUGUUCUGAGGUGCUAAAGAGAAUGCAGAGAAUUCUGUCAGACUCUCAAACCUUCCUUAAGGCUGGCUGUUAACAAGAAACUCUACAAUUGUUUCUUCAUUUUACAGAAAUAUUUAUUUUCACCCACAGGACAAA